AUGCCAAAUGCCCUGUGGGUGUUCUGUGACGUCACUGUUCCACCAUCAUCGUUGCGGUGCGGCUCUUCCUGGACAUCGUGGAUUUGGAGGGAGAUGUGCUUUAAGCCCUGGCGCAGUGGUGUCCUUUUCACAGUAUUUGUUGGGUCAUCGAUUGUUGGGUCCACGCAAGGCAUCGAUGUGCAUGUGGUGCCCGUUGGGUAG